AGCUGAGCCGCCGCUGCUCGCUCAACUUGAAGCCUUCUUUUGUUUUAUCAAUUGAUGCGCACUCGACCUCUGCCAGGCUUCUUUACCUCGGCUGCCAGCACUGUGAAAAAGGAUGCACCUCGAUAUGACUCUCCUUCAGAUUCUUGCUGUGCUCCUCCUGCCAGGAGCAUGCGGUCAGAGCAGCAGCAGCAGCAGGCAUAAUGUGGUGGUGGAAGCCAAGAACAUCACCCUCCCUGCAGGGUCUAAGGCUGUGCUUCCCUGCCACAGCCCCCGCAUGGUGUGGACCAGGGACAGACUGAAGGACCGUCAAAGGGUGGUGCACUGGGACUUGGUCCGCAGCAGCCCAGAGUAUUCUGUGGAGCGAGUCCUGGACAUGUCCCCUGGAGCCCGCCAGAGGGUCUACAAUGGCUUCAACAAAGGACGCAUUUCCAUCCCAGAAUCUGCAUUCAAUGAUGGCAACUUCUCCCUUGUCAUCAACAAUGUGGUCGCAACUGACAAAGGAGUUUAUACUUGUAAUCUGCACCAUCACUACUGCCAGAUUCACCAGUCCAUUCAAAUCCAGCUUAAUGUCACCAAGUCAGCUCGGAAAGAGAAACGUUCCUGGGAUGGAGAGAAGACUGUGUUCGUGGUCUUGUUGGGCAGCUCAGUGGCAUUGCCCUGUGUGAACCGGCGUCCCCUGUGGAGAGAGGGCCUCCAGGAGGACCAGCAGCAAGUGGCUCACUGGGACUUCCAGGCCCCUGGGGUGCGUCCUGAUAGGGCUGACCGCUUGGUGGACCUCUAUGCCUCCGGAGAACGCCGGGAUUAUGGGCCACUCUUUGCCCAAAGCAAGAUGAGUGUGGCUGAGGAUGCUUUUACUUUAGGGGACUUUUCCCUGUCCAUUUCUGACUUGAGGCCUGUUGAUAAAGGCCUGUACUCCUGCCACCUUCAUCACCACUACUGUGGUCUGCAAGAAAGACGCAUCUUCAGGCUCACUGUGGGACCUCCACUUCCGUCCGCACCCACUACAGCGCCCAGAAUUUUCCAGAAUGAUGUGCCAGAGCCAAGGACUGAAGAAGUGGAGGGCCCACGUGUGGUGAAUGUCAUCCUCCCUGAGCAUCGAGGUUAUUUCGUGCAGCAUCUGGGCUACUUUCUGGCAACUUUCAUACUGCUGGCAUUCAUCGUUGUGGCUGUCAUUGUGCUGACUCGACGGCGCAAAAAGAGAGGGCUGGAGUAUGAGCUGCGUAGAUCUGAUUGGGGAACUGUAAUCAGUGGAGGUGAAAUGACAUUAGACUGCACAGAGCUGAAGGCCUGUAACCAAGAACCUCUGAAUUCAGACUACAAAAACAACCUACUGAAAGAGAGAGAUAUGGCCAAAGACUGCAAUAUGGACUUUGAUGGAAAGCUGUGGAAGUGAGUGCGAUAUUUUUGAGAUGCUGCUGGCAGGUCCAGGGCAAACACCGGAAGAGUAAAGGACCGUGGAAAGAAGUGGAAAAAAGAGGAAACCCAGGAGAAGACAGGAGGAAUGCUCCCUCUGCUGUAACUCUAACACACUAAGCUUUUUCACUAAAAGCCGACAUAAUUUUUUACGUUAUUUUUUUAUAUAACUUGCAUUUUCACCAGCUGUAAUAACAAUAUGGUUAAACAUAUAUUUGAUCCUUACUCAAGCAUUCAUUGUUUGGUUUAUGUGGAAUAUUAGGCUUUUUUCUUUUUUUUUUUUUUACAAAAAUGCAUGCUGUUUAUUAAAGUAUGUAUUAUGUGUACUUUGCAUGCAGAGCUGCAAGCUCACAGUUCUUUUCUGAUCUUGAAAUUUGAUAAUUUUGUCUUUUUUUGCACAAUUUCUGCUGUACCGUAAUUUGUAAAAGUGUUCAUUAAGGUUUCAAUGGUAAAUUUACUGUAUGUAGACAUUUUCAGACCAUGUUUAGAAACAAGAGCUACAAAUAGCUAUAGAUAGUAAGACAUUUUAAACAAAUCAUAGUACAUUUUUAAAAAACUCAACUGUGGUGACAUAAUGACUGAAUCUAAACUUUUUUCUCUAUUUUUAGAAAUGCCGACUGUCAGACUUAAAAUCCAAAUUAUGUUUGUAAUCAAAAGGAUAUAAAGCUUCUGAAAUAUGUAUUCAUUGAUAACUUAUCAGGUGAAAAAUAAUGACAUUUUCGGACCAUGGACUAAAGGCUCAGUCUGCAGAAUCUCAGGAAAAAAAAAUUCUUUCAGCCAUUUAUUUGGUUUUUAGUGGGCUGUGCAGUACUUGUUUGCAUCAAGCAUGUACAAUGUACCCUGGUUUAGAAAACACUGAAUUUUCAUUACUAAAUCUGCUGGUCAAUGAUAUGUUAGAAAACUGUGUAGCUGUAGCUCACAUUGUGUCUACUAUCUCAGUAAUGCUAAAUCCCAAACUGUAAUCCUAACCCCUGUUCUCUCUUUGUCUCUUGCUCACUUGUGCACACUCUAAUGUUGGUCUCUUCUAAGAAAUAAUUUCUUCUAUUAAAGAUUCACAACCGUG